UUCCUUCGAUUAAUCCCCUUACUAGUAUUAGCUAACAACGACACUACUUGCAGAGAGAGAGAGAGAGAGAGAGAGAGCAGCCAUGCAGGCCGGGAAGAGCGCGAUGGAGGCGACAAAGGAGGCCACAGCCAACCUCGGCGCAUCGGCGAACGCCGGCAUGCAGAAGACCCGUGCCGUCGUGCAGGGGCAGGUUGAGAAGGCCACGGCGCACAACGCGUCGGACAAGGCCGCGGCGGAGGCGAACCAGCGGGACCGCGUGCGCCUCGCGGAGGAGGAAAAGCAGGACGCCAUGCGCGCCACCGCGGCGGCCAAGCAGCGCGCCACCGGCGCGGGCACGUACCAACACCCGUCGCAGGGCGCGCCCGGCAUUAGCGCCCAGGGCCACGGCGCCGCUCCCACGGGAGGGCACGUCGAAGCCGGCGUCGCCGAGACCCGGCCCAUCGGCAUAGGGACCGGCACGGCGCGUCCCAGCGCUGCGCACAACCCGCACGUCGGGAGCGACUUCUCGCAGGCGCGCGGGACCGGCGGGCAGUACCAGUGAGAUCGAGCUAUGUAAACAGAUUAGGUAACCGUGUGGUGUGAUUAAUGCGGAGAGAGAUGCUUGUACAUGAAUAAGUUUGCGCCUGUCGGAUAAUCAUGCAAAGUAAUUCACUCCAACAUGACCUGUACACCGACCGAGGAAGACGC